GUUGAGCAAAAGAACAGAGUGUAACAAUGAUUACCAAAAAGAAAAGCAUAAUGAAAAAAGAUAAAAAAGACAAAGCGGUGACCGAACAGACUGAGCUUGAAGCAGCCAGACCGGAUAUGUUAACUCACCGCAAGUCAACGAAAAUGGAAAUGAAAACCAGCGAACUGAAAAUGAAAGAAGAAUUCAGUCUUGUAUUGACCCCGACUGUGAAGUCAGAGUAUGACAAUCUGGUUCGUUUCGACUUCAAAACGUCACAAUAUGCUGAGGUACCAUUUCCAGACCAAGCUAUCACUUUGCUGUUGCUGCAAGGAACUUUGAUCCACAAAGAUAUGGCAGAAAGUCCCAAACCAAAGGCAGAAGUUCCAAUAUUACCUACAUUAGAUGAACCGGAGCAGGAACUGUCUACAGAGCGGCUUGUUGAGAAAAAAUUGGUGAAUGCUUUUAAUUAUGGUGAUCGAGGGUCCCAAACCUUCAACUACAGAGCUCGUGAGCAGGGCACUCUGACGGAUCCGCCGCCAAAAUCGACGUUUUCGGCUAAUGUUAAUCAAUGGGAAAUUUACGAUUCUUAUAUAAGAGAUUCCAAAAAACACGAAACGGAGAGGAAAAAGCCACCAGUCAGCACCAGUUUCUUGGAUUCUAAAACAGCUAUUAAGAUGAUGGAAAGAAUGGUAAAUCAGAAUAUUUUCGACGAGAUCACAAAUGAUUACAGAUAUUUUGAAGAUGAAUCCGAUGAAUUUCACAUUAGCUAUGGUACCAUGUUACCCCUUUGGAAGUUCUCCUACCAAAAAACCCUGGGUUUCAGUGUAACGUCCUUAUGUUGGAACAACCGUUAUUCGGAUUUCUUCGCUGCCUCCUUCGGCUCCUAUAAUGUGUUUCAGCAAAGAUUCGGCGGCUGGCUGCUAUUGUACAGCUUGAAAAACCCGUCGUAUCCAAAGUACAUAUUUCAAACCAACAGCAGCGUUAUGGCUUUGGACUUCCAUCCCGAAUUCGCUUACUACAUUUGUGUCGGGCUUUACAACGGUCAUGUUGCCGUGUAUGAUCUUUGCAAGAGUCAGGAUGCUUUAGUUCAGAAAUCCUCCAGUUUCACAGGGAAACACCACUACGAGGUGACUGAAGUGAAAUGGCAACCGAAAACCGAAGAUGUGGAUUUAAUUUUCUGCUCGGUGUCUACCGACGGAAGGAUCUUGCAAUGGAGUCUCGUCAAAGAGGAACUAGUCCAACUGGAACUGUUGAAACUUGAAAUAGAUCCACUCCCUUUCUGGGACAGUAACAUAUCGAUCUUGCCAUUCGGUUGCGGUAGCUCGUUCAAUUUCCAUCGCAAGUGUGAUCAUUUGUAUUUGCUCGCCACGCGGACGGGCAAAGUUCACGUCUGCUCAAAAAGAUACUGUAAUGAAGUCCUGUACACGCUGGAAGCCCAUUCUAUGAACGUGAAUAAAAUUGAAUGGAACCACUACCAUCCAAAUACAUUCAUUACUUGCAGCGACGAUUGGAGUGUAAAAGUAUGGGAAUACAACGAGCAAUACAAACUCCCUCUGUUCACGUUCGAUCUGGGCAGCAAAGUGACUGAUGUCGCCUGGGCUCCAUAUUCGGCCAGUGUGUUCGCUGCCGCUACGUCGAAAGGUCGUGUCCUCGUGUACGAUUUAAACCUAAACCGCUACGAACCGAUGUGUGAACAAGUGGUGGUGAAGAAGAAAGACACUGAGGUUACUCGGGUAGCUUUCAACCCUCAAAAUUUCAGUAUCAUUGCCGGGGACAGCAGGGGAGAUGUGACCGCCCUGAAACUGUCCGCUAACCUUCGCAAAAUGCCGAAAUUGAGGAAAGGAGAUCCACCUCUUGACGGAGCAGCGAAGGAGGCAGCAGAGACAGCUAAACUGGACAGAAUAUUCUCAAUGGCCAGAUAAAAUUCAUCAUCAGCAUGAUAAUCAUCAUAAUCAUCAUCAUCAUCAUCAUCAUCAUCAUCAUCAUCAUCAUUAUCAAAACCAUCAACAACAACAACCACAACGAUAAUAAUGAUUAUCCUAUUUACUAAAGACACAAAUCCUGAUUUUUGGAGAGAGGAGGCGAGUCAACUAUAUCGACCCCAGUGUGUAACUGGUACUUAUUUCAUCGACCCUGAAAAGAUAAAAGGCAAAGUCG